AUGGAGGGAGAUUCUGUUACUCUACACACUCAUAUUACUGAACUACAGAGUCAAGAUCUGAUCGAGUGGAGUUUUGGACCUGAAGGGUCUCUCAUAGCUGAAAUCAAUGAAGGAGCAAAUAAGACAUCAAUAUAUGAUGAUGUUCUUGAUGGGAGAUUCAGAGACAGACUGCAGUUAAAUGAUCAGACUGGAGAUCUCACCAUCACAAACAUCAAUACUGAAGACUCUGGACUUUAUCAACUGACCAUCACCAGAGGGAAGAUCUCAUCACCCAGAUUCAAUGUUACUGUCUAUGCUCGUCUUCCCGUUCCUGUCAUCACCACACAAAACUCUUCAUCAUCAGAAAGCUCAUCAUGUGUCUUUCUAUGUUCAGUGAUGAAUGUGAGAGAUAUGAGAGAUGCGAGUCUGUCCUGGUACAAAGGAAACAGUUCAUUGUCCAGCAUCAGUGUGUCUGAUCUCAACAUCAGCAGCAUCUCUCUUCAUCUGGAGUGUCUGGAUGAUUCUUACAGCUGUGUGCUGAACAAUCCCAUCAGUAAUCAGACUCAACAUCUCAACAUCACUCAUCUCUGUCAGCCGUGUUCAGAUCUCACCUUCAUUCAGAUCUUUAUUGUUGCUGCUGUUGGAUGUUUGAUGAUUGUAGCAUCAGUUGUGAUCUUCUGCAUCUUUAGGAAACAAAGAAACACACAUCAACAAGUUCAAAACAGAGGAAUGGAAAUCACUUACGCAGAUCCAACAUUCGGUAAAAGAGCAGCACAUAAACCGAGAUCUAAGGAUGAUGUGGUGUAUGCAGGAGUCAAGAGUCGAUAA